AAUGGGUCCAAACGAUUAUAGUUAUGACAUACUGGGCGAGAGCUGGGUCGAUUAAAACCUCCCUUUUGAAAAUUAGUUAACACAUUUUCCGUUUUAUGAGGCGCAUAAAGAAAAAAAGUGGACCUGGAAACUCUAUAAAUCAAGAUUGAAUCAGUUUUUCCGUUUAUCCUCGCUCUUAAACUGGACUGGUUUUAAUUAGAAAAUUAAAUAAAUCCUAGUUAGUUCCGAAUGAAUUGUUUGCACCAUUGUUGUGGUAAUUACUUGUAUAAAGCUGUCUGCACUAUCUAGAUGGUGGAUCAUGACAGACAGGUUUGGAGAUUAUGCAAUCAUGAAAUAACAUAAAACGUACACAUUUAUAACAAAACAGCUGUUUCACUAAGCAAAUUGAGUUGAACCGUCUCGGCUUAACAAAGUCGAACAAAAAUCAUUCCUGGAAUAAAAUCCUUUUCUGCUUGGAUAAAAGGUUAACUCUUCCUUAUGUAAUUAUUCAAUAGCAUAAAAGGAAUUGUUCAUGCGGAGAAACUGAAGGGGGGUUUUUUACAUUGAAAACAAUAAACAUAUGAUUGUAUAAAAUAAACGACUCGGUUUGUAUAAGUGAAACUUUUGAACCAGCUAAGUUAAUCUUGAGACCAGCCUUGAUCUGGAAGAUUUUGUAAUUGCGAAACUUUUCCUCAUUAAACUCGUCGAGUCAGCCGUUUUGGAAAAAUGUCAUACGCAAAAUUUUGAGAAUGGCAAAAUCGUAUGUUGAAUUUUGUUUUUUCAGUCCUGGGGCACCUUCAAGAAAGGCACUCGAGCCCGGAACGGCCAAAGCCAGGUGGCGACAACGCUAGAUCGUCUCGUUGAAAUCUGUUUUGUUUUUGUUUUUUCUUUUUUCCCUCCGAUGAACAGCAACGAAGGCCUGGUUCAAAGGCGGAUCCGGUGUCAUUCGGCACCCCGAGAGGAGAAGAUGAACGAUGCCCCGCCGGAAGAGUUCGAAGGACGGGAAUCGAAGGAGAGCCCGUUGACUCUCAUGGAAGAAGUGCUUCUGCUCGGUUUGAAAGAAGAGGGUUACACUUCAUUCUGGAACGACUGCAUCUCCAGCGGGCUGCGGGGCUGCAUAAUAGUCGAGCUCGGACUCCGCGGCAGGAUAGAGCUGGAGAACAGCGUGAGGAGGAAAUCCCUUCUGAAUAAAAAGAUCGUGGUUAAAAACGACGCCCCGACCGGGGACGUGUUGCUCGACGAGGCGUUGAAGUACAUGAAGGAGAUGAACCCUCCGCAGACCGUCCAGAACUGGAUCGAAUACCUCACCGGUGAGACGUGGAACCCGCUCAAACUGAAAUACCACAUGAAACAGGUGAGGGAACGGCUCGCCAAGAACCUGGUCGAGAAAGGCGUCCUCACGACUGAAAAGCAAAAUUUUUUCCUUUUCGAAAUGACGACCCACCCGAUCGCGCAGGUGACAGCCAAGGCGCGUCUCAUGAAAAAGAUCCACGAAGGGGUGCUGACCAAAUGGGUCAAUGACCCACAGAGAAUGGACAAGAGGUUCCUCUCUCUCCUGGUCCUCGCGCACGCCUCGGAUGUCCUGGAAAACGCUUUCGCACCCCUCCUCGACGAGGAUUACGAAACCGCCCUCAAGAGGAUCAAGCAUCUUCUGGAACUCGACCUGGAAGCGGAGGCGGCGAGGGGCAGCCCGACGGACGUCCGCUGGGCGGUGUUCGCGGCUUUCACCAAGUGCUGACCUUCAAAACUAUUUACAGUCAAACGAGAACCCACCUUGUACAGUAAUUUUUUAAACUUAUAAUAUGUAAGGUUUGUAUAUUCAAAUGUAUAUUAUGUUUAAAAUGUA